AUGAUUGAUAAAGAGUAAUCUCUUAGUAGUAAGAAUUUUAUAGGCGAUUUAAUUGAAGAAGGACUUCAUGGUUAGAUUUCACUUAUAGGGUUUCCAUAUUCAAUAGGUGCAGGGAGAGAUAACAUUUAUAAAGGAUAAGAAAAUGGUCCAGAUUGCUUGAGGAGAUUUCUGAGCAAAUUAGGGCCUGUUGUAAAUCCAGAAUAUGAAAUCAGUAUAGAAAACAUAACAAUUAGUGAUUAUGGAAAUAUACAAGUUAAUAAUAAUUCGAAUCAUGAAGAGUUAAUUUAAAAACUACAAACUAAAGUUAAAAGCGUACUCAAUAAAAAAAAUAUUCCAAUAGUAAUAGGUGGAUCAAAGGACUGUGGAUAUGCAGCAGCCUCUCCAAUUUUACAAUUAGAAGGAAAAAGUGCAGUCAUAAAUAUUAGUGGCCAUGUCGAUGUUAAUCUACCAUAUGAUGGAGAUAAACUAAGUGUCACUUGUACAGUGAGAAAAAUAAUUGAUGAUAAUAUAACUCAUAUCCAAAAUAAAGCUUCCAAAAUAUUUUUCUUUGCUACCUAAAAUUAGUUGGUGACAAACUAAUAAUUCUAAUACGUAGAAAGCAUGAAAGAUUAUGUAUAAAUGUUCCCUCUUAAUACUAUCAGGAGACACUAAACAUAAGCUUCAAAAUCUAUGUAAGAACCUUACACUUAAGCCUGCUAAAAAUUCUUAGAAUUGCUGAAUUCAUUAAAUGAUUUUUAAAAUAUCCACAUUUCAUUCUCUUUAGAAUCCAUACAUAGUUCUUAUUGUUUAGGAGUUUCAAGAAUGAGUACUGUUGGAGGCCUUACUGGUGAAGAAGCAAUAGAGAUUGCUUUUUAAGCUGGAUUAUGCAAAUAAGUUAAAGGUAUUGAUUUUACUGAUUUCAAUCCUUCAAAUGAAGAUUUUAGAACAGGAUAAUUAUUAGGGAAUCUAAUUUAUUAUUUUACUAUGGGUUAUGCUUUAAGACUUAAACAUUAAAUUUGA